CUCCGAGUAAAUUGUUUCCGUGCAUUGCACCGGCUAGUGGGCGGGGCCACAGAGUAACAGAUGUAGUCGAUUAUUUAUACCCAACUCAUGCAAAUAAUUUUUAUUGAUGCAGACACAUCAUCAGUGAGACAUGUCGGACAAAAUUGCACAAAGUGAUAUAGAUGGUUAUGGGUUUAAUAUUUCUAAAUCAUUCGAACAUACAGUUUACAGUGAAUUUGUGUCCGAAUAUCUUCCAGUAAUGACCAGGAGAGCAAGAAGAUGGCAGCAGGUGAUUGGGAACAAGAAUUCCAUAGCAAAAUCGGGAACAGUGAAGAGAUUUUGUAGAAAAGGGAUUCCGUCUGCUGAACGCCCCAAGGCAUGGAUGUGUCUAAGUGGAGCCAAUGAGAGAAUGAAGAACAACCCACACCUUUAUCAACAAAUGCUUGAAAUGGACCAUAAUAAAGAACUUGUUGAUACAAUCACUCUGGAUAUUCACAGAACAUUCCUAGACAAUAGAUAUUUUGCUAGCAACCAGAGUGCCACAAGUUUACAGAAACCGCUAUUUAAUAUUUUAAUAGCUGUAGGACAUCGAAACAGGACUAUAGGUUACUGUCAGGGGAUGAACUUUGUGGCUGGGUUGCUGUUGCUGGUAAUGAAAGGCGAGGACAGCUAUGAAGAGAAAGUAUUCUGGCUUAUGGAUACCUUGAUAAACAAUAUUCUUCCGGAAUACUUCCAUCCAGAUAUGCAUGCUGUAAAACUUGACCAAGAAGUGCUUGGUGAACUUGUCAGAUGGAAGGCUCCAGACAUUUAUCAUCAUCUUGAACUUCAAGGUUUGUCAUGGUGUCUAAUAGGAAUGAAAUGGUUUAUCUGUCUUUUUGCUGAUGUGCUACCUGUUGACACUGUGUUACGUAUUUGGGACUGCCUUUUUAAUGAAGGCCAAAAGAUUUUGAUGCGUGCAUCUCUAGUGAUAAUUCUCAGUAACAGAGAUAAAAUUCUCAGGUGUACAAACUUUAGUGAAGUCACUGAUCUCUUUAAGGAAACGGUUCUGGGGAAAGAGAGUCUUCAUUGCCACUCAUUCUUACAUAGCAUGUUUAAAGAUAUUGGAUCUUUACCCAUGGCUAGAAUCAACAAACUAAGACGUCUGUGUGAAAGUAAAGUGGUAUAGAAAACCUCAUUAUAGACACUGUGCUCUAGUCAUUUGGUUAAAUUAUUCUAUCAAGACUUUAAAAGAAAUUAAGUGUAUAUUAGUACAUAUCAGCUAUCAGCUAGCUCUAUUUGGAAGGAACAGCUAGUUCAACUAUUGUCACCCUGAAUUAAGAUCUGAUUAUAUGACUGUAAAUGUGGUAUCAAAGUCGGAGAGUCACAAAACAACUUUUAUGUACGCAGCCUGUCCAAAACAAAGCCCUAGAACAGUCACUGUGUUUAUAUGGAUGUGUUUACACAAGAAAUCUAUAAACAAAGUAAACAAAUAGGAAACAAGGAUAAAACAAGAAAAGAUCAGUAUAUUUCAUUGGAACAGUCAGUGGCAAAAACACCACUGGGGGAGUUUAAACUAUUUGUGUAAAAACCCUUCCUCUUAAUCUGCACAUUGUAUCAGUUUAUAUAUUUUUUUUUUUAAUUUUGAUUGCUAUGAACUCUCUAAUAUAUUAUAACGAGGGUCUUUCAGAUAUUUUUUAUUCGUUUUUAAAGCCACCAUCAUAUCUUACAUAGUUACGUUUUUAGUUUAUACUAAUUUGUUUUAGCUCGAUUGUGAU